AUGUCUGCCCUGCUGACACUGUGUGUGGCCCUCUUGCCCCUGGCGAGCCCUGGUCAUGGCACCCAGCAUUGGGAGCCCUGCACAGAUCUGCGUCCCCUGGACAUCCUGGCAGAGGUGGUCCCUCCGAAUGGUGCCGCGGGAGGAAUCCAGACCGUGCAGGCCCAGGGCGCAUGGGGCCUCCAGCUCUCGGCUGCCAGCCCCCGCGCCGUGAGCUUCCCUGCCUCCAGGAUUUUCUCCAGAUGUGACCUCUUGCCCGAAGAGUUCUCCAUCGUCGUAACCUUGAAAGUCCCCAACCUUCCACCCAAGAAGAACGAGUACCUGCUCACGGUGGUGGCGGAGGAGAAGGACACGCUGCUGCUCGGCCUGCGGUACUCGUCCACCCAGCUGCACUUCCUGUUCCUCAGCGAGGACAAGGCCGGCGCCUGGCAGACCCGUGUGUCCUUCCGUAACCCCGGCCUCAUGGACAGCCAGUGGCACACGCUGGUCUUGGCUGUUUCCCAAGGAGCUUUUUCCAUCACCACAGACUGCGGCCUUCCUCUGGACAUAGUCGCUGACAUGCCCUUCCCAGCCACACUGUCAGUGCAAGGAGCCCGGUUCUUCGUCGGCAGCCGGAGGAGAAGCAAAGGCUUGUUCACAGGCCUCAUGAGGCAGCUUGUCAUGUUGCCUGGCUCAGACGCCACCCCACGGCUGUGUCCCAGCAGGAACGCCCAGCUGGCCGAGCUGUCCAUCCCACGAGCACUGCAGGGGCUUCCGAGGAAGUCAGAUGAUAACGACGUGCUGAAAUAUCCCUAUGAAACCGAUGUGAAAGUGACUCUGGGGUCCCAGCCACCCUGCACCAAGGCGGAGGAUGCCCAGUUUUGGUUUGACGCUGCCCGGAGGGGGCUGUACUUGUGCAUGGGCAGCAAGUGGGUCUCGGUGUUAGCAGCCAAAGCCAAACUAGACUACGUGGAAGAGCAUCAAAGCCUGUUCACAAACUCUGAGACACUGGGCAUCGAGGUGUUCCACAUCCCCAAUGUGGGGCUCUUUGUGGCAACAGCCAAUCGGAAAGCCAGGUCUGCUAUCUACAAAUGGACGGAGGGCAAGUUCGUCUCCUACCAGAACAUCCUCACCCACCAGGCACAGUCUUGGCGACAUUUCACCAUUGGGAAGAAGAUCUUUCUGGCAGUGGCUAACUUCGGCCCGAAUGAACGGGGUCAGGAGUUCUCAGUGAUUUACAAAUGGAGUCCCAGAAAGCUGAAGUUCACCCUGUACCAGAGGAUUGUCACCCAUAGUGCCCGGGACUGGGAGGCCUUCAAGGUGGAUGGGGAACACUUCCUGGCAGUGGCCAACCACCGGGAAGGUGACAAUCACAACAUUGACAGCAUCAUCUACAAGUGGAACCCUAGCACGCAGCUCUUCGAGGUCAACCAGACCAUCGCCACUUCUGGCGCCUAUGACUGGGAGUUCUUCACCGUGGGGCCCUACUCAUUCCUUGUGGUGGCCAACACCUUCAAUGGCACCUCUACCAAGGUUCACUCCCACCUGUACAUCUGGCUGGUCGGCUCCUUCCAGCUCUUCCAGUCUUUCCUGACAUUUGGCGCUGCAGACUGGGAGGUCUUCCACAUAGGGGACAGGAUCUUCCUGGCGGUCGCCAACAGUCACAGCUACGAUGUGGAGAUGCAGCUUCAGAACGACUCCUACGUCAUCAGCUCGGUCAUCUACGAGCUGAACGUCACCGCGCAGACCUUCGUCAAGUUUCAGGACAUCCCCACCUGCAGCGCCCUGGACUGGGAGUUCUUCUCCAUAGGGGAGGACCACUUCCUGGUGGUCGCCAACUCUUUCGAUGGAAACAGCUUCUCAGUGAACAGUAUUAUUUACAGGUGGCAGGGCUAUGAGGGCUUCGUGGCAGUGCAUAGCCUCCCUACCUUCGGCUGCCGGGACUGGGAGGCCUUUGACACUGCGGCCGGCUCCUACCUCAUCUACUCCAGCGCCAAGGAGCCCUUCUCCAGGGUCCUGCGGCUGAGGACAGGCUGA